AUGCCGAGGUUUGUCCGGAAAGUCAAUCAGACACAAGGCCUCACUGUGCCUUUUGCAGCAGUGCCAGAGGGGAGGCUCCGCAAUCAUCCGCAGCGCGAUUCUGAAACAGGGCAUGCCGACAAUAUGGAGAAGAUUGUCGCCGGAACGCGGCCCGUCACGCUCGAGCCUUGGGAAUUUCACGGGGGAGCACAGGGCUUGUCGUUCGAGAUCCUCGAGGCUUUCGGGGGGCAGGGUUCAAGAUGCAGCAGUGAGGCUUUCGCGGCGUCACGUCCUCUGCCUGAGAUCAGUCUUCGCGACGGGGGCUUCAGUGGUUUCUCGCUCUCCCUGGCCUUCAGAGCCCAGGCUGCGCAGCUGGGCCGGUCGGUAAUGUUGCACCGUAGAGCUUCCGAAAAUGCCCCGGUAGCACUAGCGGUUGGAACGGCGGUUGCUGAGACGGAGCAAGCCAUGAAGAGUUGGGCGAAAGCCACGGCUUGGAUUGGCAGUGCAGGGCCACCAGCGCAAGCAGGGGGUCCUGAGCGUUUGCUCUGUCGCGGAGACCCGUUGUUCAUCGAGUUUGCAUUUGAUCUCCUUUCGCCCGAGCCCGUCUGCUUCUUCAGAAGUGCACAUGUCGUGAGGUCUUGCUUGGUGCACCGAGUGGAGUGUGUGAAGGUGCUGGCAGGGCCAGAGGAUUUGGCUUCGCCGCAUCGGAUUCAACCAGAACGUGCGUUUCGAGCCUCCAAGAGUGCGUUUUCCAUGGUUCCAAUGACCAACCAGAACGUGCGUUUCGAGCCUCCAAGAGUGCGUUUUCCAUGGUUCCAAUGUAGGGAGUUGAGGGCGGACGGGCAACAAGACUUGCUGGAAGCGUUGUCCGCACGAGACUGCACGCAUCAGGCACACCGUUUGGACCUGGUCACGGAGCAGGCAGCAAGACUAGUUGGGAUGUGGCUGCACUCGUGGCCUUCGCGGGCUCAAUGGCUGGAAGAUGUUCAGAACACCGACAUGUACCUCUACGUAAAUGGCCGCUUCAUCGAGCCGCCUCCGAUACACGAGUCCAUCGUGCGACUCUUCACGGCCGCAAGUCUCCAGGCACAAGAAGGCCCGAAAGACUGGUUCGAUGUCGCGGUGGGUGGGUCCCUCCUCCAGUCCCGGGCCCAAGGGUCUGGCUUGGGCGGCUCUGCCGUUUUUUCAGAGUGCUAUGGCGUGCACCGGACAAGGUGCUCCGAUGCGGCUAACAUCGUGCCGCUGCUCGCCCCGAUAGCAGUUGCACGUGGGCCGGCUGCGCCGUGCCAGACGAUGAAAUUCGGAUCUUUGCUGGCCAGAACCACUCGACCCUGCCCCGGCCAUCCCCCGCCCCACGAAGGAGGCAGAGCAGUGACGAGCAUCGUUAAGAAAAAGGCUACCACUCACUGGAAAGUCGCACCGAUAAUGGUGCCCUGCUUCGCGGUGCCCCUAGCCAUGCCCAAAGAGGCCCUGGCAGAAGCGGAAUCCACGGACACUUUCGAGCAGUCGAAAAGCCGUGGCAGAAGCGAUGAAGGCUCGACCUGUUGCAGAACAAAAGCACUGCACGCUGGCUUUGCAAAGCACGGUGCGGUGCCGAAGGCCAGUGCAGGAGACAGAAACGAGGAUGAUGCUGCCACAGGGCUCCCGGAGGCCUUGGAGCUCCGGCCCCGCCGGCGAGGCCGCCUGGCGGUCGCUUCCGAGGACGGCGUCUCUGCAUCUGCAUCACCUCGACCUGAUUCGUGUUCGGUGGCUCUGGCGUGCGAGUUUGACAUCGGCGGCCCUUGCAGUGCCGCGGUGCCGCGGCAGUGGGCGCGCGCCCGGCGUCUUCUGCGGCUCGGUCCUCCAACUUCUAGGGCUGCGGUAUGCCGACCCAUCGUGACGCAGCCACAUGGAGUUUUGGAAGAAGGGUUAAGAGAGUUUUGA